AUGGACAGGUAUAGGAGGGGCGUCCCUAUCAACGCGUUAUCAGAUGUUGAUAAACACCGGAUUACUAUCAGCCCCACCGACUGGUCGCUGCAUAUCUCCAACACUACAUUCACGGACAUCGGGAACUGGAGGUGCGAACUGCCCGACAAUUCACAAGUAUUUACGAUAUUUAAAGUACGCCCGGAGCCACAGUUACACCCUUUCGACAAACACCAAUCCCCUAACUAUCAAACAAUUACCCGGGUGGUGGGCGACUGGUUUAAACUAAAGUGCCUUGUCAAAUAUGGCUAUUCCCGGGACGCGACUGUCCACUGGUAUAUGUACAAUGAAAGUGAACACGACAAACCUAACAAAACUAUGGUACCGGUGCCUACCGGUGACAAUUCAACUCACGUGAGAAUUGAGAAAUAUAACGACACCCUCUCAUACCUGGCCAUCAAUGAGUUGGACCUAUCGGACAGACAGUAUUACGUGUGUAUCGCCCGGAAUGGUGUCGCAGAGACUAAUAACACGGUUCUGUUGAAAGUUAUUGAUAAAUGGGCGGCAUUUUGGCCAUUUACAGGCAUCUUGGUCAUUACCCUGACAAUUUUAGGCAUGCUAUUCAUAUAUGAAAAGUGUAGGACUAAACCAGUAGUUGGUGAUACCAGUGCUGAUAAUUAUCAAGCAUUACUUGCAUCAGAAGAAAAUUUAUAA